AUGACUCAUCAGACAAUAGACGGUAUUCCCGGCGAGAAUAUUCGGGGACAGGAAGACCAGUUUCAGCUCGAGCGCAAUGGCUUUACUAUUCAACACGGGUCUCCGGUACAGCGAUUUUCUCGAGUAGAAGAGGGUCACAAAGUACCUUCGUUUGACGGAGGUCUCCGUGCCAGUCGGGUGGAUGUUUUUCGUCACGGUGUACAACUUCUCCCCCCUACUUCGUUUUUAACAAGCUCCUCUAGAUACGAAAACCGCACCCUGUAUAUCCAAGAUCAGAUGAACGAGACACAAGCCAUGAAGAAACGAUAG